AACAGCUGUUUUUGGCAUUCUAAGUGAAAAAGUUGUAGGAUGCACAAGCCAGCCAGCUGAAAUCCUGGUGUAAAUAUCUAUCGUCCUUGACUGAAACUAAUAAAAGGGGAAUAUAUUACACAAAUCUCCCAAUAAAAAAUGGCAAAACUUCAAAAAACGGCAUUAAAUUUGAAGCAGUUCAUGCUACGCCAGGAGGUACUCAAGCUGUAUCGGGAAAUUUUCCGCACCAUUCGACUUGUGCCGGACGAGAGCAAUCAGCGGGAGCUACGUGAGUGGGCCCGUCAUGACUUUCGUACACACCGUGGCCAAACGGAUGAAUUGGCCAUUAAAAUGAUGAUACAAUACGGGCGUCGCAGUCUUACUGAGUUGCAAACAAGUUUGGAUUUGAGUGGUGCCGGUGCUGGGAAGGGUUCGAGUGCGAAAACGACGGAAAGUAAGAAAUCCAGUAAUGAAGAACUAAAUAAAAUUAGAUAAUAAAAAAUAAUAUGUACGGAAAGCAGAA